AUGGCUACCAGCAAGUCUUUCACCGCAGAGACCGGCGGUUUGGAAAUCGCCAAAGCCUACUCGUCCCAAAUCACUGGCAAAACGAUUCUCAUUACUGGUGUCUCUCCUGGAGGCAUUGGCGAGGCUACUGCUCGCGCAUUUGCCCACGGAGGUGCAUCUCUUAUCAUCGCAACUGGGCGCAGCAAAGCCCGAGUCGAAACCCUGACCAAAGAAAUCUCCGCAGAUUAUCCAUCUACAAAGUUCGUCAAUAUCGUUCUCGAUCUCGCCUCCCUCAAAGACGUCGAGCGCGCCGCAAACGAGAUCCUCAAUGACAAAUCCAUCGAGAAAAUCGACAUUCUCGUCGAAAACGCUGGCAGCCAAUUCGGAAAUACCGAGCGUGCACUCACAGUCGACGGCAUCGAGACGCAUCUUGCCGCCAACUACUUGGGCCACUUUCUCUUCACCAAGAUGCUCCUCCCACGGCUACUUGCCGCCGCCAAGGUAAACCCUCCUGGCGCGACUCGCAUCAUUCCUGUGGGCAGUGAGGCCUCCACCUUCAGCCCCUUCCGCUUCAGCGACUGGAACUUCGACCUCGACAAGGAAAUCCCCGACGACGAGAAGCCCAACUGGGACGUGAUCACCAAUGCGAUAGGAGUCCCCGCAACCGAUAAAUUCGAUGCCUUCGUUGCAUACGGGCAGAGCAAGACCGCCGCUUUGCUUUUCGCGGUCCACCUCAACACGUUAUUUGCUAAGGAGGGCAUCUUUUCGUUCUCGCUUCAUCCUGGAAGGGUGAGAAGUUCAGCGGCAUUGGCGAUAAUAAAGGAUGUGCCGGCAUAUGACAAGCUAUUUACAAAGACCAUUGACCAGGGGAGUUCGACCACUUUGCUUGCGGCUACAGAUCCUGGAUUGAAUCCUGAGAAGGGAGUGUGGUUGGAGGAUAAUCAUCUUGCGGAGCCGGUUGCGUGGGGGGUGGAUAAGAACAAGGCUGAGAGGCUGUGGAAGUUGUCUGAGAAGAUUAUCGCUGAGAAAUUGGGGAAUUAA